CAACCCACCUCCCUACUCCCCCUCCAGUGCCGGCUUUGUACCUCAGGGGGUUGCGAAAUCCCCAGGACUACAUAAAGCUUCCCUGUCUGGGCACCCCGCCACUGCCAGCAACGCAACGCUUGGGCUCUCAAGAGGCUACAGGGACCAGCAGUGCCUGGACAGGAUGGCCCACGCAGAGAGAGCUCUUCCCUGCCUGCUGCUGCUGGCACUAGCCUUGCUGGGCAGCAGCAUGGCGGAGCGGGACUGCCGAGUAAGCAGCUUCAAAGUCAAGGAGAACUUCGACAAGACCAGGUACAGCGGCACCUGGUAUGCCAUGGCAAAAAAAGAUCCUGAGGGGCUGUUUCUGCAGGACAACGUGAUAGCCCAGUUCACUGUCGAUGAGAAUGGACAAAUGAGUGCCACUGCAAAGGGCAGAGUCAGACUCUUCAAUAACUGGGAUGUCUGUGCUGACAUGAUUGGUUCUUUCACUGACACAGAGGAUCCUGCCAAGUUCAAGAUGAAGUACUGGGGUGUUGCCUCUUUUCUGCAGAAAGGAAAUGAUGAUCACUGGGUAGUGGACACAGAUUAUGAUACUUAUGCUCUUCAUUACUCCUGCCGCCAACUAAAUGAAGAUGGUACUUGUGCUGAUAGCUAUUCCUUUGUGUUCUCCCGGGACCCCAAGGGAUUGCCUCCGGAGGCACAGAAAAUUAUCAGACAAAGGCAGAUAGACCUCUGCUUGGACAGAAAAUACAGAGUUAUUGUUCAUAACGGAUUUUGCUCUUAAGGAGAUCCAAAACUAUGGAAAGAAACCAUGUAACAGCACCAUGGAUGUAAAGUUAACACAACGAUCGGGUGUUCUCUUGAAAACCUUUUAAACGGCUUCAUUUAGAUUUUGAGUAUAUUUAUCUGAGUUGUCUAGCUCACCUUGUUAACAAACCAAUGAAACAUUUUAAUAAACUUGGAUUACAGGGGAUGCAAA